AUGUUUUCUAUUCCGAGUUUGUAUGAGCUUGGGAGUUGUUCGGAUACAUACGAUGUUGUGGGCAUGUUGAAUCCAAGAUCCAUGGCAGAAGCCAAAGCAGUCGCCGCCGGCAUUACCCACAAGGAAGCCGAACGCCACCGCCGCAAGCGAAUCAACGCCCACAUCGCCACCCUCAAAUCCAUCCUCCCAAACACCAUCAAGAAGGAUAAGGCCUCCCUUCUGGGAGAAGCGGUCCGCCGCGUGAAGGAGCUGAAGAAGACGGCGGCGGAGCACAACGAGGGCGAAGUUAAUGACUACCCAAGCGAAGCCGACGAGCUAAAGGUAUCACAAUGCCAAAUCACGGGCCUGAUAAAGGCGGCAUUAUCAUGCGACGACAGGCCCGAGAUAAUCCUUGACAUGAUAGAGGCCCUGAAAGCGGCCGAGGCGAAGGUGGUGAGGGCGGAGAUGGCCACGGUUGGCGGCCGGACCAAGACCCUGCUAUGGGUAAGGCUGGCCCCCCAAAACGACGCCGGAUUGGGAGGGCUGAGGCGGGCCCUGAAAAUGGUCAUGGACAAGUCCACUAGUUCGGGCCAGGCCUGCAAAAGGGCCCGUUACUAUCAUUUGUGAUAGAGACUUUAGCUAGGGAUUUUUUUGGGAUUAUGUAAUUGGUUAAUUUAUAAAUAUGGAUGAUCUAUUUGUGGAAUGGGAUUCUGUGAUAGUGAGAUUCCAUGGUUUAUUGUUGGGGAUUAUUUGGGUACAGUAUUGUUUUUGGAGGGAAAGGAUCUUUCAAGUAUUGCUAUGAUGUUUUAAUACA